GUUAUUUUUUCAAGAAACUGAAAUCACUAUUUAUCCGACUCUGAAAUUAUACUAAACUAAACUAAAGAAAAAGACAAUAAAUUAAAAGAAAACGAUUAAAUACAUAUACCUGGCUCAUUUUUGGUUCUUUUAUGGUUUGUUUUUCGCAACGAUCUUGCUCGAUUCAUCUAUUUACAAUAAAAACCACCGACUGAAAUCUUCCUUAAGCGAUUGAGGAUCACUAUGACUAUGCAACCUGUCUCUCUUGCAGCAAUCUCUUGUUCUAUAUUUGAAGACUUACUUCGAGAUUAUACUCAUGAAUUAACUCAAAGGAUCCAUAGAAUGAGUAAGCUUGCAUUACAAAAGUGCCAGAGAUGUAAUACUUAUUGCCGACAACAUUGUACCAAACCUGGUUUCGAUAUUUAUGCAAACAAUAUCCAAACACCCUCUAGCAUACCAUAUUAUCAAUGUCUUUCUUGCCGGCGUGAAAUAGCAGCUUCCCGAUAUGCAGCACAUAUGGAAAAGUGUAAAGGUCGGUCACUUUCAUCAGCUACAUCUUAUGCUAGUCUUCUUGAUGGAGAUAAUUCUAAUGACGAGGAUUAAAUAAUUUUUUAUGAUAAUAAUGGGGUUUGUAGGGCGAUGAAGGGUAUGGCCGUUUUUGUCAAGAAAAAAGAACGAGAACGGGGAAACAAAAAUAAAUUAGAAUAGUCAGGAUUCAUGAUUUUACUGCUUAUUUCGAACCACCUUUCGAAGACGCCAGUGAAAAGUCAUGUAUGAAUGUUUAUUGUUCCGACGAGCUAGUUAGUUUAAAUUAGUAACAGAGAAAAAAAUUUAUGAGAUAUUAGGAAACGACAGAUUUUUAUUAAGGAAGCAACUAGCAAAGGAUUGAGAGACGUUAAGGAAAAAGGAAACGAAAGAAAGGUAAAUUUGAAACGGCUAACAUAGCUUUGAUGGAUAUAAUGAUUUGUAAGUUGUUUCAUCCUUUCUUUUAGAGGAAAAAGAAAAGAAAAGAAAAGUAAUAAUACAGCCAAGAAGUAAGUAACAAUAAAUAGGUUCAAAAGCUGUAAAAAUCAGCAACAGUCAGUUCUUACUUUCACUUCAGAUAAGGAAAACUUCAAAAAAUAAAAGAAAUAAAAAAUAAAAAAGGAAAAAGGAAAUGUUCCUGAAAAAUGUUUCAUCGGUUCAUUAGGUUUUAGAAGAAGUUAUUUGAUUUUGGGCUAUCAAGUUUACUUCUCUGUUGAUACCAUUUCAGAAAAACAGAUGCGCCCAAGGUAUGCAAGGCUAAAUGUCGUUUUAACAGCUGGCCCUUCAAUGUAAGGGUAACCACUACUACAGACAAGGAUAUUUGUGACACGUAUAAACACUGCUCAAUAGAGAUGGGCGUCAUCUCUUUCGUGUCUAAGAGCUUUGUCCAAACAAUUAAUCCAUCAUCGCAAAAGACGCAUGCAUUAAAGUCAUAAACUUUAGGUUUAGCGACGACUAUCAGUCCUUUAAAUCGAAUAUGACGAGGAAUAUCAAGUGCGAUGCCUUGGUUUCUGCAAAGAUCCUUUAGAAGAUGGUUACCUUCAUCACGGCCUUUUUCUUCGUCUAUAAAUGUGCAUAACUGUUUAAACCCUUCUAAUGCUUGCACGAACAUAUACAAAUUUUUUUCCAACCAAGGGUGCUUUUGAAGUAAUUUACAAAUUCGAGCUAGAUGCAUGGGGUAUCGCAACAAAUGUUGCAGUGGAAUAAGCAACCGAUUUCCGCAAAUGGUAUAUGGAGAAGCAGCUUUCUCUACUUCAUAUAUUCCAGCCAAGUUGAUCGUGUACAUCUGAUACACAUCACGAAACACUGGUAAAUAUUUUAGAAGAAGCAAGACUGGUGAUCUAGUAAUUAGCAUUUCGCCAUGUAAAAUACCAUGAAACCGAGUCAACGUUUUUACACAUGUGCAGAUUCCUAUUGCUUCUUGGCUCAAGCUUUGGCUCUCAAUUGGAAGUAUGAUUUCCUAAACAAAAAUACAAUGUUAGUAAGUAUGUUUAACGUCAGCUGCAAGCAAAAAUCUCUCUUAAUUACGUUUAAUAUCUUCUUUAGUUCUAAUACAUAUUUUAACUCUGUGC